AUGGAAAAAGAUAAAUUAAUAAAUGAAAUAUACACAAAUAAUGAUGAUAAUAACAAGAAGGAAGAAAUAAACAAAAUUUUUAAGAAUAUAAAGGAUAGUGAUAAUACCAAAGAUAAAUUUAUGAACAUUUUAAAAUUAACAAAACAUAUAAAUGAUUUAAAAGAAGGUGAUAAAAUUAAUGUUUUAAAAUCUAUCGACGUUGAAUUUCUUUGUUUAUUAUUACGUUCACAAAAUGAAUUUAAAUUAUUUACCUUACGUUUAAUUAAUAGUCUGAUAGGUAGUUCAACAUAUGUUUAUUUAAAAUCCUGUUUCCCUUUUAUCAAUUCAAUUAUCGUUUCUUAUUCUUGCUAUGUAAAAAACUGGAGUAACCGAUUAAAAAAGGAUGCACAGAAAUUCAAUAAAGAAAAUAAGAAGGGUAUGAAUAAAAAUGUUCCUGUUGAAAAUAAUUGCGUAAAAAAGGAAAAGGCUUUACCUAUUUAUGAUAAUAAGUAUAACAAAUAUGAGGAUGACGAUAAAUAUGAAGAUUAUGAUAAAUAUGAAGAUGACGAUAAAUAUGAAGAUGACGAUAAAUAUGAAGAUGAUGAUAAAUAUAUAGAUGAUGAUAAAUAUAUAGAUGAUGAUAAAUAUAUAGAUGACGAUUAUUAUAAAUUAAGCGACAAGGAUGAGUUAAGAGAUAUAAAUAUAAUAUACAACGAAUGUUUAACCUUCUUCUUAAAAACACAUCAAUUUUUAAAGGAAGAAGAAAUUAUUAAUAACUUUUAUUUCAAUUCUGAAAAUAACGAUUUAGAUGUUGAUGUGGAAAUGUAUUUUUUUAACAAAAGAUUAAAAAAAAAAUACAGUGAAGAAAAAGACAAUGUGAUAAAUAAUGAAAAGGAUGUUGAAGAAAAUAAUUUUUUUGUUAAUAAAAAAAAAGUAAAUCAUGAUACAAAAAAUAAGUAUCCUUUAAAAGAUAUCAAUAAUACAAAUACAAAAAGAUAUUUUGAUAAUGAAGAAAAUUCUUCAAAUAAUAUUUGUGAUGAUAACACAUCCAAUUCUGAUUUAUUAUUAUUAGAUGAUGAUGAUGAUGAUAAUUAUAAGGAACAAAAUUUUUAUUUUUGCGAUGAAAAAAUUUGCUUGAUUGAUUUAAUUUUUACCAUAUUAAAAGAAAAUAUUAAUUUGAAGGAACUCUUAAAUAAAAAAAAACAAAAGAAAGGGGAAAACAAUGAUAAAAAUGUGGAAAAUAUAAAUAAUGUGGAUAGUAUAAAUAAUGUGUAUAAAGAAAAAAAUACUGCUAUGUAUAAAAAAACGUGUAUAGAUAUAGCCAAAUAUAAUACGAUCCUAUUAAAUGAACAAUGUAUUUAUAUUUCUUUACAUUUUUUGAAUAAUAUAAUUUUGAAAUUAAAUUAUAAUACGUAUGUAAAAGAAUAUUUCCUUAUAUUAAAUAGAUUAGUAGAAAAUUAUAAUGAACCUAAAUUAAGAAUUACUCUUAUGAAUUGCUUAACUAAUUUAAAUAUAUAUAUAAAAAACAGAAAUAUUGAAAAUAUAUUGGAUGAAAAAAAUAUAUAUAAAUUUUAUGCAAAUAUAAUAUAUUAUUUUUCAGAAAUAAAAGAUGAGAAAGAGAAAGAAGUUUUAUAUACAUUAUAUUUUACCAUAUAUUCAUGUUUACAUUUUAUAUAUGUUAAUUAUGAUUCAAUAGAUAUUUUGAAAACCCCUUUAUCUUAUAUGAGUGUUGAAUUAUAUUUAUUUUUUGAAGAUGUUAUGAAAUAUGUAAGCAAAAAGGAAUUUAAUAAUUACAUUUUUUCUAACAAAUAUUUUAAACAAAUGAUUCAUAUGAUAUGUACUAAUGUAGAACAUAUCCUAAGUUUUUUAAGUGAACAUUAUACAUGGUAUUAUGAAAUGGAUGGUAUAAAAAAUGAUGAUAAAGGAAAAGAUAUAUCUUCAUCUAUAGUAGAAAAUACAAAUAUUAUGAUAGAAAAAAAGAAAUUAAUAAAAAAUGAAAAUACAAAACAAAAUAUAAAUAAUAAAAAUAAUAACAAUAUAUUUAUUAAUACAACAGAUAAAAUAUCUAAAAGUAGAGUAAUACAACUUGACUUAAAUAAUAUGUAUGUUGUAAUUUCAAAAAUAAAAAAAAUCAUGGAUAUUUUAUUAGAAUUUUUUAAAGAUAUAAAAAAUAUAUUUAAUUUAGAAAAUGAAGAAAAAAAAAAUGAUUUACUAAAAUUUAAAAAAGAAUUUAAUGAAGAAAUAAAUGGACUUAUUAAAUUAUUUUGUAAUUAUUUAAUUCAUGAAAAUGUUCAUUAUAUUGAUGAUUUUACUAAUUUAUUAGAAUUAUUUUCAUUUAUAAUAAAUGAAGAUAAUUUCUUUUAUCUUUUAAUAGUUAAAUAUAUAGAUCCUAACAGAUAUUUUAAUAACAAAAUAUUCUUAUCAAAAUUGUUAUUAUAUAUAUUAAAUUUAAAUAUGAAAAAUAUUGUUCAUAUACAAAUUUUAUUUGAUUUAUAUCAUAAAUGCACUUUUAAUAUAUUAAAAUAUUUAGAAAUAAAAGAACUAAAAGACAUUUCGAAGUUUUCUUCAAUAAUUCAAUAUAACACAGAUAAUUAUAGUUUUAUACAAAUGUUAAACAUAUCAAUAGAUAAAUUAAACAACUUAAAUUUUAUAUACAUAUUAUGUCAAGAUGAAUAUCAAAUCAAGAUGAAUAAUAGCUCUAAAGAAAAUAUAAAAAAUCUACUCGUUUUUCAUACGCAUUUUUUCUUCUAUUAUUAUUUUUGUAUACUACAACAAAAUAAUUAUGAUAUUAUACAUGAACAAAAAAAUAAAUUCGAUUUAUAUAAGGAAAAUUAUUAUAAUAUAUGUAAUAACAAUAUCAAAAAGAAUACACAGCAAUUUUUUCUCGCUUUAAAAAUCUUGUUUUCUAUAUCUGCCUUUCUUUUUAUGCGAUUUGACUCUUAUGUUGUAACUAAUAUCCUUAACAAAAAUGAAAUAUUAUUUAUUCAG